AACUUCUUUUAUAAUAUCAAGGAGAUAUUUGGGGCCAAGAAAAUCCUCUCAGUUAUACCAAGUCAAAAAUGGCGUAUAGGUGGCAAACAGACCCAAAUCGCAUUGACCCACAAGAAGGUGGAUAUGAUCACCAACAAUUUCACCAUGCAAACCCGUGCCUUUCUUCCAACCAAGUCAGACUGGGUUUUGAUGAGUUAGUGGAAGAGAUCAAUAAGGAAACUCCACUGUAUGAGAGUGAAAAAGAAGGAAACGCCUUUUUUGUGCCAGGUGCACCAAACUUGGGUUCGAAAUGGCAAUCCAUAUAUGAAACACACCCAAGACAUUUCAACAAAUUCACUUCUCAGAGUCCUGACAUCUCUCAUCUUCAGUUUGGGAAUACAUCAGCCAUUGGUUUUAAUCCUGCUGUAUUACCUACACAUCAGAUUAUAGAUGAGGGAGACUCCUGGAGAAAUCCCACUGAAAAAUGUCAUGGUGCCAAGGAUCCCAGGUUCAAUGCUCUAACUCCAUCAUCCACUGGCCUGGAUAGAUGUAAUUUACAAAGACAACCAGGAAAUGAACAUCAUAGCUGUCAUACAGAAUUUGAAGACAACAGUCUCCCUCCUUAUUCGUCGGACUCAACGGAUUCCAUACCCAAGAGAGACAAUAAAGGAAGUGGAGAUGUAAACCUUGCAGAACCUUCUCUGAUGUACUCUAAGGACUCCCUUCUACCCAGGACAUGGGAGAGCACAUCACUGGAAAACACAGAGCCAGUUGGGGGUCCCAUUCAAAUAGUUGAAGUACCACAAGGGAGUAACAGGAGCCUGGCCUCCUUUUGUAACAAAGUGAGAAAAAUAAGAGAAACAUAUCAUGCAAAUGACAUUAAUUCCAAUUCUGGAAAGAUCUGGGCCAUCACUACAGCUUAUCCAUCCCAGCUCUUCUCUGACAGCAAGUUCAGAGUAAAUGUUUUCACUAAUAACUCAGCACAGACCCUUCAUCUUCUGCCACAAGCUAAUUAUCUUGUCAAAGACCUAAUUGCUGAGAUUCUGCUUUUAUGUGCAAAUGAGCAGCUUUUCCCCAAAGAGUAUCUUCUAAGUAUAUGUGGUUCUGAAGAAUUUUUACAGAUGGAUCACUGUUUAGGGAGCCACAAAGUAUUUCAGAAAAAUAAAUCUGCUUUUCAACUUCAUCUUCAGAAAAACAGGGGCGUUCCAGGAAAGUUAUCUCGCAAGAGUGAAGAUGACCACAGUCUGUUUCAUCUGAACCAACUUCUAGAAUUUACACAUAUUUGGAAAAUAUCCAGACAAUGCCUCUCCACGGUAGUAAAGAAAUACAACUUCCACAUCAAACACCUCUUGAAAAACCAGGACAAUCUGGAGGAGAAACAUUGGUCAGCCCUGUUGCCCAGUGCUCCAAAUCCUCUCCAGCCACAUGUGAAUAAUAUUAUUGAAGAAGUUAAAAAUAUAUGCAGUGUUCUGGGGUGUGUUGAAACCAAACAAGUUUCAGAUGCAGUAAAGGAACUAAAUCUACUUCUGAAGAGACAACUGCAGAAUUUUCAUCAGAAAUCAGAGACUUCAAAAAAAGGCUUCAUAGAGCAAGUGACAGCUGAACUAUCAAGGUCCAUCUCUCAGCUAAUCGAAGUGUACUGCGGUAGCUUUUGUACAGAUUUCCAGCCUGUGCACACACCUGGAGGUGCCUCCUGCAUCCAUGCUGGGCUCGAUUCCCACCUGAGCUUCACAGUGUGUACCCUGCACAGUGUUCCAGAGACCUGGGCACACAGCUACAAAGCAUUUUCGUUUUCCUGCUGGCUCACAUAUGCUGGGAAGAAGCUGUGCCAAGUGAAAAGCUGCAGAUCCAUGCCAGUCACAAAAUCAUUCUUUCUUUUGGUCAACUGGAAUGAAAUAAUCAAUUUUCCUCUUGAGAUAAAGUCACUUCCAAGAGAAUCCAUGCUCAUUAUAAAAGUGUUUGGGAUUGACUCUGCCACCCACAGAGCAAAUCUUCUGGCCUGGACCUGCCUUCCGCUGUUCCCAAAAGAAAAGUCUAUGUUGGGGUCUAGGCUAUUCAGCAUGACAUUACAGAGUGAGCCUCCCAUAGAAAUGAUAGCUCCAGGAGUAUGGGAUGUGAGCCAGCCUUCCUCACUGACCCUGCAGAUAGAUUUUCCAGCUGCCGGGUGGGAAUAUAUGAAACCUGAUAGUGAGGAGAACAGAACUGACCUUGAAGAACCACCAAGAGAGUGUUUAAAACACAUCACCAGACUUUCCCAGAAGCAGACUCCCUUGCUACUUUCUGGGGAAAAGAGAAGAUACCUAUGGUUUUAUCGUUUCUUCUGCAAUAAUGAAAACUCCUCCCUUCCUCUGGUUUUGGGAAGCGCCCCUGGAUGGGAUGAAGGGACAGUUGCUGAAAUGCAUGUCAUCUUGAGAAGGUGGACUUUUUCUCAUCCGUUGGAAGCUCUUGGUCUUUUGACUUCCAGUUUUCCAGACCAAGACAUUCGUGAAGUGGCCGUUCAACAAUUAGACAAUCUCCUGACUGACGAACUGCUGGAGUGUCUCCCACAGCUAGUUCAGGCUGUCAAGUUUGAGUGGAAUCUUGAAAGUCCUUUGGUGGAACUCCUCCUUCGUCGCUCUUUGCAAAGCAUCCGAGUGGCCCAAUCUCUGUACUGGCUGCUGAGGGAUGCACAAGGUGAAGCAUGCUUUAAAAGCUGGUAUCAGAAACUGUCGGCUGCUCUCCAGUUCUGUGCAGGAGGAGCCCUGAACGAUGAGCUUGCCAAAGAGCAGAAACUUGUCAAACUUCUGGGUGACAUUGGAGAGAAAGUCAAGUCUGCCAGUGACCCUCAGAGACAGGAUGUACUAAAGAAAGAGAUUGACAGUCUAGAAAAAUUCUUUAAAGAUAUAAAGACUUGUCGUCUUCCUCUGAAUCCAGCCCUGUGCAUAAAAGGAAUUGAUCGUGAUGCCUGCUCAUAUUUCACAUCUAAUGCUUUGCCAUUGAAGAUCACUUUCAUCAAUGCUGAUCCAAUGGGCAAAAACAUCAGUGUCAUUUUUAAGGCUGGGGAUGAUCUUCGGCAGGAUAUGCUUGUUCUGCAGAUUAUUCAAGUGAUGGACAACAUUUGGCUGCAGGAGGGCCUAGAUAUGCAAAUGAUCAUUUAUAAAUGUCUAUCCACAGGAAAAGCCCAAGGAUUGAUAGAGAUGGUGCCAGAUGCUGUGACGCUUGCCAAGAUCCAUCUCCACUCUGGGCUGAUAGGACCACUGAAAGAAAACACCAUCAAGAAGUGGUUCAGUCAGCACAACCACUUAAAGGAAGAUUACGAAAAGGCCUUGAGGAACUUUUUUUACUCUUGUGCUGGCUGGUGUGUGGUAACAUUCAUCUUGGGAGUCUGUGACCGACAUAAUGACAAUAUCAUGCUGACAAAGUCAGGCCACAUGUUUCAUAUUGACUUUGGAAAAUUCUUGGGUCAUGCACAAACAUUUGGUGGUAUAAAAAGGGACCGAGCCCCUUUCAUUUUUACUUCAGAGAUGGAGUACUUUAUUACCGAGGGUGGAAAAAAUACACAGCAUUUUCAAGACUUUGUGGAGCUUUGCUGCAGAGCUUAUAACAUUAUCAGGAAACACAGCCAACUGAUCCUGAGCCUUCUAGAAAUGAUGCUGCAUGCAGGACUGCCUGAGCUAAGUGGAACUGAAGACCUAAAAUACGUAUAUAACAAUCUCCGUCCACAAGACACAGAUCUGGAAGCCACUAGUCAUUUUACCAAGAAAAUAAAGGAAAGUCUGGAGUGUUUCCCAGUUAAAUUGAACAACCUGAUCCACACACUGGCACAGAUGCCAGCCACAAGCCUUGCCAAACCUGCCCCUCAGACUCCUCCUCACGAAUCCUGCAUCCUGCAUAAAACCAGGACAAUUCAGAGAGCCACAAUAUUAGGGUUCAGCAAGACGCACAACAACCUGUACCUGAUCGAGGUGACACUCAGUGACAACAGGAAAAGCCUGAUCAAAAAGUCAUUUGAGCAGUUUUCCAGACUUCACAGCCAAAUUCAGAAGCAAUUCUCAUCGCUGACUCUCCCAGAAUUUCCUCAUUGGUGGCACUUACCAUUUACGGAUUCGGAUCAUAAGAGAAUUAGAGAUCUAAGACAUUACCUGGAACAGAUGCUGACUGGGUCUUAUGAAGUCGCCAAUAGUGAUUGUGUGCUUAGUUUUUUUCUCUCUGAACAAAUACAACCAACACUUGAAGACACUCCACUUGUGAACCCAGGUGAGAAAUGUCCAGACAAUAACCCUAAGGUACAGUUACUGAUGACAUACGAGGACUCGAAGCUCACCAUCCUAGUGAAACAUAUGAAAAACAUCCAUCUCCCAGAUGGCUCUGCGCCCAGUGCACAUGUUGAAAUUUAUCUUUUACCACAUCCCAGUGAAGUUCGCAGGAGGAAAACAAAGUCCGUUCCAAGAUGCACUGACCCCACUUAUAAUGAAAUUGUGGUGUAUGAUGAAGUCUUGGAGCUCCAAGGCCAUGUCUUAAUGCUUAUUGUGAAGAGCAAAGCUGUAUUUGUGGGAGCAAUUAACAUUCAACUCUCCAAUGUUCCCCUCAAUGAAGAAAAGUGGUACCCACUAGGAAACAGUAUUAUCUAACCAAUGCCAUUAGCAUAUGCAUUAUUGAUUAAGUACUUGCAAGUUUUUAACUUCUAAUUCCCUCUAUCACAUAAACAAGAUAUCUUUCUUAUGGAAGAUAGCAGAGUAUGAAGGACAUAGGGAACCAGAUCAAAAUCAGUCUUUUUUAGUUAUUUUUCUCUAUUCUUUCAUUGUUUCCCUAUCAUAAUAUUCACCAUGUAAAAUUCCAUAUACAAAAUAAUGGAAGAAUGAUUAAUUUUAAUAUAUGUUUUGAAUCAAACAUAGGUGCACAUCUUGUCUUAAUUGCUUGUUGUAGUCAAAAUUAUACUUUCAAGAUGUUUUCUAAAGAAUGACAGCUAGGAAAUGCUCGUGAAUGAGUUUGAAAGCUAAGAACGUCUGCAAUUGAUUUAAAACUUAAAUAUGUGUACAACCCACAUGUCUAGUCAUGAUCAUAUUUAUUGAGAGAAUUGGUGAACACCUGUCAUGUAUUAUAAUUUUUCUAUCAAGAAAACUAAGAUUU